AUGGAGGUGGAGGAGGUGGAAAGACGCUCUCCACACAAUCGUGGGGAUCCGUGUGUUCCCGAGAGCUUCUUUGAUCGCGUAACGAAAGGGUUACGCGGCGAUCUCGAACAUGAGCGGGACAGGCGUCUUCAACUGGCGGACGCUGUCUCGAAGCAUCGAGCUGAGUUUGCCUUUGCUCAGCUUGAGAACGAGAGAGCUCUGACGUCUCUGCGUGACGAGCUAAGGGUAGCUCGUGGGAGUGUUGAUCGGUCUCGGGGUGAGAUAACUGCUCUUCAGACCCUUGUCGAUGCCCGCCAUCGGGAGCACAAGGCUUUCUGCGAGAUUCUUGAGUGCAAGGGCGUUCUUCAUCGGAAGAAGCAGCGUACUGAUGGUACGGCUUAA